AUGGCGAAGAGACGAGCCUGUCCAACGCUCGGUGUUCUCUCUGGUGAACAGUACUGUCCAGAUGAUCCCGAUGUUAUUCGUUCUGCCUAUUGCCAAUCAACCAAGUACGAAGGUCCUGAGGAGGAAGAAAGUGAUGAGAAGAACCUCCAGCGAAGGGUAAUCGAUGCUCGACGGAUUCAGGGGUUCGAUUAUUGUUUCCAGUUUGUUCCUUCGGGACUGUUGGGAGUGCCAAACCUUUGUCCUUCGUUUUCUCCGUCUGUGGAGUGUGUGUCGAAGGCAGAAUGUCCUCAAUCCCCCUCGCCGGAACUGAGUGCAGAGCUCAGAGAUGAAGUGAUCUACGUUCACCGCACCAAUUUGUUCCUUGUUUGCUUCUCAAGGUGGGUUCAUGGAGUUUGGAUGCUGCCAGGUGUCCUUUUAGCAUUGCUCAAGGUUGAGCAGUUGCAUAAAAUUUUUAAGCUUUGUGGCUCACCCUCUGAGGAAUACUGGAGAAAGUCAAAGUUGCCUCAUGCUACCAUUUUCAAGCCCCAACAGCCUUAUAGACUCUGUGUUGCAGAUACAUUUAAGGACUUCCCUGCACAAGCCUUAGAGCUUAUGGAGACCCUACUUUCCAUAGAUCCUGCUGAUCGUGGUUCUGCAGCUUCUGCUCUACAUAGUGAGGCUCAUGUGCUUCUGCAUAUCAUUCACUCAUCAAAUCAGAAUCAGCCUCCUUAUAGGAAGCAUCGAGAAACUGAUCAUUCAGUGUUUAUGCGUUCUAUUACCGAUCUUCAAUCUCAUAUUACUGAAUCUUGUAAGAUGGUCUCAGCUUUAUAUGGGCCUUUCAAGAGAAAAGCUAUAGAACAGCUGGGAGCCCCGUUCAUACCUGGAAGUAGACUCCACAAGUCAUUACAGGCAAGUUAAUUAUAUAGUCACAUUAAUUUCUUUAUUUUUCUUAUUUUACACUAUUAUGAGAAAUUAAUAAUAAAUUUGAAGAUGGGUUGUUUCAGGCAAGGAAGAAAAUGUUUCAGGCAAAGAGGGAAUAUGAUGGAGUUUUUUUUUUUUAUUUGUUCUUGUUCUUUUACUUUUCCCUCCCUCUAAUUCUUUUUAUCUUGUUUAAUUGGAUUAUAGCGUACUGUAUGGUUCCAAAUGUAUCAUCUGUUGCAUAUAGUGUAGGCUCAUCUUUGGAUAUAA